AUGAAAACCAGUCUCUCAAUAACUUUGACCAUUUUGGUUUGUUUGUACGAGGCAAGUUGUUUUGAUUUUGGUAAAUCAUUCAAAUUAUGCCAUCCAAGUGAUCCUCAAAUUGAGAAAUGUUUAAUCGAUGCCAUUGAAACCGGAUUCAAAACUCUAGGAUCUACAGGGAUUUCUGCUAUCGGAGUGGCUCCUAUAGAUCCACUGGAAGUGGUGAAAAUUACAAUUGGAGCGGGAACGAGCGCAGUUAAUUUGGUUCAAAAUUACGCAAAUGUAAAAAUAAAAGGACUGUCGACUUUAAAAGCGGAAAGUGCCAAUUUUGAUCUAAACAACCGUAACUUCGUUUUCGUCACCCGACAUCCCAUGCUCACGCAAUCAGCCGAUUACAGCAUAAACGGUAAAAUCCUGGUGAUGCCGGUCUUCGGCAAAGGACUCUCGGUCAUCAAGCUAAAAGACGCCAAAAUCGUCCACAACAUCGUCUUCAACGAGGAAACCAAACACAACAAGAAAUACUUCAACGUGGUCUCGUACAACGCCAACAUAACCAUCGGCGGGGCUCAUUACGAUUUCCAGAAUUUGUUCAACGGCGACCGGAGGCUGGGCGACGCCAUAUUGAAGGUCGUCAACGACAAUUGGAGCCUCAUCUUCAACGACGUCAGCGAGGGCGUCUGCAAGUCCUAUUCCCAAGUAUUCCAAUCCGUCGCCACGGCGCUCUUCAAAAGAGUACCCAUAGAGGAUAUGCUCCACGAUUGA